AUGAGUUCUCUCGCCGGACUUGCUCCACUUGAGGCUGUUCUCUUUGAUGUAGAUGGAACUCUCGGUGAUUCUGAUCCACUCCACUACUAUGCUUUGCGUGAAAUGCUCCAAAAGAUUGGUUUUAAUGGAGGUGUUCCUAUAACGGAGGAAUUUUUCUUUGAGAAAUUUUCUGGCAAGCACAGCGUUGAUACUGCCUUAGUUGCCUUUCCUGGUGAUCUGGAACAAGGUUUGAAGUUUGUAGAAGAUAAGGAAGCCAUGUUCCGGAGAUUGGCGGCAGAGCAACUGAAGCCUAUGAAAGGCCUUGAUAAAGUUAGGACAUGGGUUGAAAACCAUGGUCUGAAGAGAGCUGCAGUUACCAAUGCUCCAAGAGUAAAUGCAGAACUCAUGAUCUCAAAACUUGGUCUCUCAGACUUCUUUGAUGCUCUUAUUAUUGGUGAUGAAUGUGAACGUGGAAAACCUCAUCCAGACCCCUACUUGAAAGCUCUUGAAGUUCUGAAGGCAUCGAAGGAUCAUGCAUUUGUAUUUGAGGAUUCUUUUUCAGGGAUUACAGCUGGAGUGGCAGCUGGAAUGCCUGUUAUAGGUUUAGCUACACGAAACCCAGAGCAUUUAUUGAUGGAAGCAAAGCCUGCUUUUCUGAUUAAGGAUUAUGAGGAUCCAAAAUUGUGGGAAGCUUUAGAAGACCUUGACAAAGCUGAUGCGGAUAAGUAG